UCCUUAAACGAAAUUACCCCAGUAGCCGCACGCGACAGUGACAGCGGUUAGCUUCUCUGAUGUUUCGUUUUAUAUUUAAUUAGCAACGCCUUGACGGAUUUGAUUGCUACGUUUCGCCGACGAAUUACCGACGAGCCACGAUUUCGCUAUGUUUGCGCCGACAGGCUCCGAUUAACCGGUGAUUGAAGCUGAUAGCUAAGUGCUAACAGCUAACUAGCACUACUAUCCAACGAUUUCGCCGGUACGGGCGGACCUCUUUGUCUGACAGGGGAAGGCGUGCUCUUUUGUUAGGCUUUUCCCCUUUGUCCAUUCGGGAAAGAGGAACAGUCGGGUUUGUAUUUCAAAGUUAUCUACAAGCCUAAAAGCCUUUUAGAAAAUGCAAAUCGCGAAAAAGUACUUCUCCGAAGGCCUGAUUCAGUUAACGAUCUUACUCAGUUUGAUUGGAGUCCGUGUGGAUAUCGACAGCUACUUAAGCGGCUAUUAUACGCCUCUGAUCGAGAUUAGCCUGGGUCCUAGCUCAGCCUACACGCAGACACCUUUUCACAACUUGAGAGAGACUCUCGACGGGUACAGUGUGCACCCAAAAUGUCCCGAGUUGGACUAUUUCUUUGCGAGUCGCCGGCUACUGGACGAGGUGAGGACCCUCGGCUCACGGCGCUUCCCCACACAGUUGAACGCAUGGCUGGUGCACCAAGUGUCCGCCACUGACAAGGCUGACUGCGGGCCUUCGACCAGCAACGACACAGACGCCGAGCCGGGGUUAGAGAGCCCCGGGGUCGAAGCCGGGGAUGACAGUGAACGCCCGCCCAACAAUGGCCAAGAGGGGUGCCAAACAACCGCUGAGCUUGGACGAAGGCCUUGUAGCACCGGAGCCUGCGGGUUUCUUAAAGAGGAGGAUGAUGUUAAAGUUAAAGCGGAGGAAGAACCUGCUCCACUCACUCAGCUGGCUCACAGUUCCACCCUGGAACAAGAGAGUCUCCUUGAAGGCAUCACUGCACUGUCUGAUCCAUCUCGCCACCAGCCUCCCACAAUUGAUAUUGACCAGCACUGGAGCAAUUUACUCUUACUGUCUGUUACUGACCUUGAUGAAUUAGACUCCCUUGGUACUGAACGUCUGCCAGACCUCGACACCGACAUCCCCAGUGCCAUAAGCCAGGAUGUCAGUUUGCACGAUGCCAUGGUAACCAGAGCGUUCGGUGUGGCGUCUGAAAGAGUUGAGUCCCGGCCAGCCACCCAACAGCAAAGAAGCCUCUUUCGACUAGAAUCCACAGGCUCCUCCCACUCGGACCCAUCGCCGGGGAUGGCAGUGGGCCUUGCUGCUCUCCCGUUUGCUUCAGUAUGUAAUUUAACUGGAAAUGUGUCAUCGCACAGUGUGCUGAGUGGCUGUCUGGAUGAGGCAGUGUUUGACCAGAUCAAUCAACUAGGUCUGGAAGGCCUGGACACCCAGCUGAUGAGUUCCCUCGAGGGUAUAAACCCACAGGUCCUCGCGGACCUAGACUCUGACUCUGGUCUCUCCUUGGAGAGCAGCUCUGGAGGUCCAGUCUCCCCAGGCUCAUCUGAGAUGUCCUCGUCAUCCAGUUCAUUCUGUGAGGACGAGUGUGGAGCCACAGGCUACAGCAGUGAGGUGGAUUCUGUCCCCUCAAAGGGAAUCAUGGACUACAACACAACGUGGUCACCCAUUGAUCUGAGUGAGUGUGUGUGGCACGACCACAGCUACUCCUCUCCGGCUUUGUUUCACCAGCCAUCAGUAGCACUUCCUCACAAAGGUAUCAAAGAGGAGCCUCUCAGCGACGAUGACGGGCAAACGCUUGAAGACCGGGACCUGAGUCGCGACGAGCUGCGCGCCCGCGCCAUGUGCAUCCCCUUCUCUGUCCUGCAGAUCGUCAACAUGCCCGUGGAGGAGUUCCUCGAGGUUCUCGAAGGGCACGGCUUCUCCGCUGAUCAGGUGACCCUCCUGAGGGACAUCCGCAGACGGGGAAAGAACAAACUGGCAGCACAGAACUGCCGUAAGCGCAAACUAGAUGCCAUCACAGGGCUGCAGGAGGAGGUGGAAAGGUUGCACGCCCAGCGAGGCAGGCUGCUGAAGGAGAAACAGCUCACAGCCAAGACAAUGGGUGCUGUGGGACAGCAGAUCAAGCAGCUGACCAGAGACGUCCUGGCCCGGCUGAGAGAUAGUUCAGGGCGGCCCCUGAACCCAGAAAGAUUCACCCUGCAGUGCGGGGCUAACGGGAGGGUUGUUGUUCAGCCCGUAAGACGGCCCGCUGUCUCCACAUCAACGGGCAACAAAACGGACAAGAGAAAGAAGGACAAAAAGCCGUGAUGCAGUAUUGCCAGCUGAGACUUUAGCUUUUAGGUUUAUGGAUAUUUUUGGACUGGCCUGGUUUGGGGAUCUCCUCUUUUGCCUUGUGUGUUUUUGGAUUCACCGCUGUUGGAAGCCUGAAUCAGCAAAAAGUUGCAAGAAGAAAAGACACUCGGAACAUAAAUAAUACAAAAAGCUCUGUAAAUAUAUGUUCUCAUGGGGGAAAAUGUAGCUUACACACUGGACAUGUUGAGGCAUAUUGAAGAUGGACACGGAACCCUGAGCAGUUUUAAGGGAUCAGCCGAGCUGCCGGGUAGGCUACCAGUGUUGUGCCUGUUAACAUUCAAGUUAUUGAGGCUUGAGAUAACCAGACAUGCCUGAAGUCGACAUGGCCAGCAGUGUGACUCACUGGAUAGGGAUCUCGGAGGGAUGGAUCAUUUUCGUUUGUUUGUAUGUCUCCAAGUAGUCUUGCCUCUCAAUGUAUACCUUAUUCAGUAUAACGAGGUUUAAGAUUGUAUUUAUUAAAGUUUCUGAGGUUCCUGAAAUGGUUGUAUGCAUUAUGCGACUCGGCAGUAACUGAUUUUUUUAAUAGUAAGUUUAUCUGAAAGUGGUAAGACUAUUGGGAGAUUACCUAUCUAAAGUUUACGGCUUUGUUUCAGAUAUUUUAGGGCCUGUAAUGUUCAGUAAUUUGUACUGAAAUGUUUUGUCUUUACGACAUACAUUAUACCAAUGAUUAAAUUGACAUGGCCUUAAGUUG